AAGAACAAGUGGUCGAGUAAUGUCGGGAUGGAUAUUUGCUAGGGUUUAAUAGUGCGUUUGCAGCUGCCACUCUCUUUCUCUCUUUCAAAAGAUAGCCGUAAAAGAAAAAGCUCCCUUCUUCUUCUUCUUCUUCCUCUCUUCACACAACUUUUACUCCCGACAAAACCGUGUCUCUUUUUUCUCAACGCGGUGGGGUUGUUGUCGAUUCCUCUCGAUUCGUAAAUGGAGUCUGUUACGAUCCAGACGGAUCGGGACCCGCCGCCGAGUAACGGAUCUCACGCCGUUUCCUCCUCCUCCUCCUCCGCUUCCGCCGUCUUUAGAAAGAUCGACUUUCAUCCCGCGAGGAAACCCUUCAACGGCUUUUCUAACAAGGGUUCCGAUUUCAAGAUGGAGACUUUGAAUCCCUGCUCCUCCGCUGCUAACAAGCGACCCUUCUCUUCUUCUCCUUCCUCCGCUAAGAGGUCUGACGGGUCUGAUCCGUUGGAAAAUGGGUUGGAUCGGGAGCUUACUUUUAGCAGAACCAUCCGCAAAAUCGGUGCGGGUUUGGAGAAUCUCGGGAACACUUGUUUUCUCAAUUCUGUAGUGCAAUGUUUGACUUACACCGAGCCUUUAGCUGCUUACCUCCAAGAUGUUGGGCACGAGAAACGCUGCCACGUGGCUGGGUUUUGUGCUUUAUGUGCAAUGCAGAAGCAUGUCAGGAUUGCACUUCAAGCUAGCGGCAGAAUAGUAGCACCCAAGUAUUUGGUCUCGAACUUGCGAUGCGUAUCAAGAAACUUCAGAAACUGUCGGCAGGAAGAUGCACAUGAGUACAUGAUCAACUUGCUUGAAUGCAUGCACAAGUGUUGUCUGCCUUCUGGUGUACCAAGUGAAUCCUCUGAUGCUUACCGGAGCAGCUUGGUACAUAAGAUUUUCGGUGGUAGCCUCCGUAGUCAGGUGAAAUGCGCUCAGUGUUCACAUUGCUCGGACAAGUUUGAUCCAUUUCUUGACCUAAGUCUAGACAUUUCGAAGGCAGAUUCAUUGCAGAGAGCGCUUUCACGCUUCACUGCCGUUGAGCUCUUAGAUGAUGGCGCAAAGGUUUACCAGUGUGAAAGAUGCAAGCAGAAGGUCAGGGCUGUAAAACAGCUUACUGUUUCUAAAGCACCUUAUGUUCUUACCGUACAUCUCAAACGGUUUGAAGCGCACAGAUCCGGAAAAAUCGACAAGAAAGUCGAGUUUGCUUCUGCAAUUGACAUGAAACCUUUUGUCAGUGGUCCCUAUGCAGGUAAUUUGAAGUACACUCUAUAUGGUGUUUUAGUUCAUUAUGGUCGAAGUAGCCAUUCUGGUCACUACGCUUGCUUUGUACGCACUUCAAGUGGCAUGUGGUAUUCCCUUGAUGACAACAGGGUAAUCCAAGUUAGUGAGAAGACUGUGUUCAAUCAGAAGGCGUAUAUGCUAUUCUAUGUUCGCGAUAGACAAAACCCAGCCCCAAAGAACACUGCUGCCGUGGCUAAGAAAGAGACUUCCAAAGAGAACCUUGCCACAAAAAGAUCUUCUUUGAAUAUGUUUUCUAACGGAAAUGAUCAAGUGAAUGGCUCAGCAUCCAUGAAAGCAUGUAGUUUAAAGGCUCCUGUUGCCAAUGGUACAUCACCCUUGAGAUCAUGUGAUCAAGGUGCUCCUGCUGUCUUGACCCAAAAAGAUUUGAAUGCUAAAGAGACUCAGAAAGAUCCCCCAAGCAGUGUGGAGGCAAAAGAGAUCCUCAAGAGGGAAAAUGGUACAACACCCUUGGCAUCAUGUGAUAAAGGUGCUCCUGCUGUCUUAACACAAAAAAAAAUGAAUGACAAAGAGACUCAGAAAGAACUUCCUAGCAGUGUGGAGGUCAAAGAGAUUCUUAAGAGUGGAAAUGGUUCAGCACUCUUGAAACCAUGUGAUCGACGUGCUCCUGCUGUCUUAACACAGAAAGACUUAAAUACCAAAGAGACCCUUCAGAAGGAAGUGCCACUUCCACAGGCUAAUGGGGAUGUAUAUUUGGUAAAGGAGGGCUCCAAGUCUGCAUGCACAGUGUCACUAGGGAAGGAUUCUCUUCUCCUGGAUGGCAGCACAAACGCUAAAAUUCUCGUCAACUUGCCUAAAGAUGGAAAUAACUUGAACGAGGCUGCUGCCAAUUCACUUGAGGUUAAAAAUGUAUCGAAUGGUAGUUCACCUAUUGAAGAAGCUGUUCUUGUUAAUCAAACUUUGGGACAUCACUUGAAGGAAUCGGCCACUUCCCUGGAGUCAAUAAAGGCAAGUUCUGAUGAGGGGACCCUCACCACACCAAGAAAGACUCGCAAGGGUAACAUGAAAACCUUGCAGGUGGGAGGAUUAAAGUCUUUUAAGCUGAGCUUGGGCGUACGUAAAAAGAAGAAACAGAAAAAGGGAAGAUCAAGUAGCUUGGCUAUUAAGGUUAUUUCGGAGAAGCUCCCAUCCAAGAAAAGAGCUACAGAUAAAGAGCGUAAAACUUCACAGAUAAGUACUAGUGCUUCUGGCUCGGCUUGCUUGAAUGGGAAGGAUAACAGAGUCAUUGUCCAUGAUGAAAAGAUAAGGAGUCGUAAUCAAAAUAGCGCCGUUCUUGCGUCAGACCAACAGCAAACGCUGAAGAGCUCUGACAUGUCUGAAGCAAGCCAAAACGCCAAAAGAAAGAGAGAGCUCUCAAAAAAACAAGAUGAAGAAGAGGUGACCGUUCUCACACGGGGUUUGCCAGAGACAGUGGUUGGCAAAUGGGAUGAGGAAGUUUCAGCUUCUAAGAUGAGGAACAGUGAAGAGUCAAGAAUCGGAUAUGUAGCAGAUGAGUGGGAUGAAGAAUAUGAUAGAGGGAAGAAAAAGAAGAUAAGGAUCAAAGAGGAAAUGUAUGCAGGUCCGAACCCGUUCCAGCUGGUUGCAUCAAAGAAACAACAAACAGAUACAAAGAAGAAAUGGACGCAACGCAUGAACACUGCAAAGACAGGCUUCCGAAUAUGAUGAGUAAGAGAGCCCCAUCCAUAACUAUUAAAAAAAGAAUGUAAUCCACAUGUUGCUGCUGUAUUUUGCAUUUUUGUUAACAAGAGAGGAGUAGAGAGAGGCUAUAGACACUAGUAGUCAUUGUUGUGAGAUCUCUUUUCCUCUCAGUUUUGUUCUGUUUAUGAGAUGAACAGAGAAUUACACAUCCCCUCUUUGAUCU